UAAACUCCAAAAUUGGCUCACAAUUUUUUUGUUUUGCCGCCUUAUUGAAAUUCUGAAUUUUGAAAAUUUUUUCUUUUAGUUUUUCUCGAGGAAAACAAAAUGUCCAUCAAACAACUUUGGUGUGAUAAAUAUCGUCCGGAACGUUUUGAUCAAUUUCAAUUUCAUCAAAAUGAAGCAGCACGUUUGAAGAAAUUAAUAAGCCGUGAAAAUUUUCCACAUCUUUUCAUUUAUGGACCAUGUGGUUCAGGUAAACGAACAAUAGUUCGUUCACUUUUAUUCGAAAUAUUUGGUUCAUCAUCACGUAAACUGAAAAUCGAAACAAAAAUAUUCGAAACACCAAGUGGAAAGAAAAUUAUUCAAACAUUUUUAUCAAGUAAUCUACAUUUGGAAGUAAAUCCAAGUGAAAAUGGUUAUUAUGAUCGUGUUGUUGUACAAGAAUUAAUAAAAAAUAUGGCUACAAAUCUUUCCGUUAUUAAAAAAUAUCCAUUUCGUAUGAUUAUUAUUGAUCAGGCUGAUUCAUUAACAAAAGAAGCACAACAAGCAUUACGUCGUACAAUGGAAAAAUAUGCUGAAACAUGUCGAAUCAUUUUAAUGGCUGAACAUUCAAGUCGUAUAAUACCGGCAUUAAAAUCACGUUGUUUAAUGUUUCGUUGUUCAUCACCAUCAACCGAUGAACUUUUUCAAGUAUUACAAACAAUCACAAAAGCCGAACAAUUUGAUUGUAAUGAAACAUUAAUCAAUAAUGUUAUUCGUGAUUCAGAUCAUAAUGUACGUCGUGCUAUAAUUCUAUUACAAACAAUUGCCAUUCAACAAGAAUUGAAUCCACAACAACAACGUAAAAAUAAUAUCCAACAAUUGGAACAAUUUCGUUGGCAACAAAAAUUAACAGAAUUAUCAAAAAAAUUGACCCAUACACAAAAUGUUAAACAAGUUUCCGAAAUUAGACAAAUAUUAUUCGAUCUACAAACACAUUUAAUACCAUCAAAUAUUAUCUUACGAACAUUGGUCUGUAAAUUAAUGGAUUAUUGUUUGGAUGAUGAAAUGAAAUCCAAUCUAAUAUCUAUUGCUGCCGAAAUUGAUCAUCGUUUAGUAUUAGGUUCAAAAUCAAUAAUUCAUUUGGAAUUAUUUUGUGUAAAAUUUAUGAUGAUGUUUCGUUGUACAGUGGAAAAAGUUGCAUUCGAUCUUGAACAACCAAUGGAAUUUGAUUGAUAAUUGAUUUUUAUUAAAUUGCUUAAUACUUUUUUUAUUUAAAUAAAAAUUUUUUUUUAUAAUAA